UAAAAAAGUUUUGCCGCGUUGUUUUGCCUCUGUGUUCACACAAAUCUCUGUCAACAAAUGUACUUGUCCGACAAACACCUGCAAUGGAAACACAUUUCAUCGGACAUUCGCGCAGCAGCAGCAGCACAUCUCUCACUCACAAGAUUUUCUUCAUAUCUUCACUAACCGAGCUACAUUAUGCAGGCAGCUUUGCUUUAACAGUACUGACAUGAGCUUAAGCUUGUUGCCUUGUGCACCCUCGAUCCUUUGACUGUUGCCAUAGAGAUCUGAAUCCAAGAAGAGAUUCAUUAUGUUGUCUUCUUCUGAAGGAAAACUGGUUAGAAACGGCGAAGAGAAGAAAUCAGUGAUUUGGUUAGAAGGAAAUAUUGCAAGUGGAAAGACAACAUGUCUGGAGUACUUCAGCAAAACCAGUGACAUUGAGGUGCUGACAGAGCCUGUGUCUAAAUGGAGAAAUGUGAAGGGUUGCAAUCCAUUGGGAUUGAUGUACCAGGAUCCAACCAGAUGGGGGCUCACUCUUCAGACAUAUGUGCAACUCACAAUGCUGGAUCGGCACGUCUCACCAAUGUCACAGCCAAUCAGAAUGCUGGAAAGAUCUAUUUACAGCGCUAAGUACAUUUUUGUGGAAAAUCUUUUUAAAAGUGGAAAGAUGCCUGAGGUGGACUUUGCUGUUUUAAGUGAAUGGUUUGAGUGGAUCAUAAAGAACAUUGCUAUUCCUGUGGACCUUAUUGUUUACCUGCAGACUUCUCCACAGACAUGCUACGAGAGACUAAAGCAGAGGUGCAGAGAAGAGGAAAAGGUUAUUCCCUUGGAAUACCUAGAAUCUAUCCAUAACCUGUAUGAAGACUGGCUGAUUCAUCAGAAGUCAUUUGAAGUUCCUGCUCCAGUUCUUGUAAUCCCAGCAGAUCAUGAUCUUAAGAAGAUGCUGCAUAAAUAUGAGGAGAACAGAGAGAAGAUACUAAAGGUGCAUUGCUCUUGAGUAAAGGAUCAGAGAGAAUGAUGGUCUUAUCAGUUUAUAAAUGUCUUGAGCUUUCUCAGAGACAGAUAAAACAAGCACUGUUUUGACUUGAAACUGAAUUCACAUUGUGCAAACAUUCCUCCUGCAAUAGAAGUUGAUUUACAUAGUAGGAUUUGUAAAUUACAUUUAUAUGAUGGGUUUUAUUUGAAUGCUGCCUUUUAUGGUUAUUAUUAUGUGUAUUUGCAUUUGUAGUCCUUGUAAACUUGGUUUAAGCAUUUAACAGAAAAUUCUUUUUAUUUUUAGUUUUAUGGAAUCAUUCCAUAUGAUAUGAAAAUACUGCACUUGGAAAUAUUUUUCCAUCAGUUCUUUUGUUACGCGAGUGGACAUUUUUAAUUCAGAAUGGCUAUUUCAGGGCAUGAAAAUGUAUUAUAUGUGAUUUGGACAGGUAUUUUACAUUUACAUCAUCAUACUCGGGUCUAAUGAAAGAUCCCUUCCUCUUUUAUUUCUUUUCAUGUUCAGUUCUGUUCAUUCUGCCACUUGCAGAUACCAUCACUAGCAAAUACAGAUCCUGAUUGUUAAUUUGUUACUGAAGGUGUUACUGUGACCAAUGUAAUUUAUACUGCAUAAGACAUUGUUUUAAUAAACCUCAUGGAAUAUUUGAAAA